GUGUUUUUUGACAAGCAUGCUGGGAUAAUAGAAAUGUAAAUAUAUAUGUGUGUGUGUAUGUUAAAUUGAUUUUUAAGAAUUGCAAUGUGUACAGUAUAGAGAGCAGAAAGGGUUGUAAGAAUGCUGCAUCUUUGGAGAAUUCAAAUAUGCAUGAUUUGCAUGAAUAAUUUUUUUUAAACUUGUGCCUUUAUUGCUAUGCAAGAGAAUGUUGAUACAUUUUUAUGCAUCAUCGAGGUUUGGCACAUUUACUAAAAAGUAAUGCCGUAUCAUAUUUUAUUAGCUUUGCUUUCUACGUUUUCGGUUCAUCUAAUAUUGUUUUAUUUUAAAUUUCUGUGGCCUCUCAUUAGUGGAUAAAGGUAAGCUGCCAGAAGCUGUUGUUAAAAAGCUGACAGUGUUAAAGCAGCUUCAACUUCAACUUGUUUUCAUUAGACUCUAAUCUGAAAAAGUGCAUAUUAUGAUAUCACUUUGACUUCUCUGCAUGAAAUAAGCUUAAUUCUUCUUGCUGCUGGUAAUAAAAAAAGUGUUGAGCAUUCAGUCUUUUAUUUGCUAAUUUUAAGCAAUGUGAUUGGAGAUUCCUUGAACAUUCUCAUUCUAAAUAUGCAUAAUUCUUUGGGAAUUUUGAUUAAUUUUGUAGAAGUGAAGAAAGUAAUUGUUCUUUUCUUCCUGAAUUUCAUGUAUUAGGUCAUUAUAAAGUAGUUUUUCAGGUAGACUAAAGAUUAUGUUAUGGAUGGACUGUAUUUAAAAAGAGAAAUGCCCAGCGUAAAUUUAUAUUUUGUUAUUCCACCAGAAUAGUGUGUUUAGCGAGUGACACCAAGUACCUCGCUGCAGAGUAAUACAGUCUAUCAUGCAAUAAUGCUCAUUUAAAUACUCACAUUUUCUAAGAUUUUUUAUUUUUAGCUUAGUCCCCUAUGAAGGGGAAUGUGAAAGAAUCAAGGCAUUGAGCAUAAAUGGCCACACUUUUUUCCCCAUAAGUCAAUUUUUUCUGGGGCGGAUGGACCCCACUCAUCCAUUUGCGAGUCAGAAGGCACAGGGUUUCAGUGGGAGCUCUGACAAACAAAGGGCUACAGAAGUGAUUACAGUCUUCUCUGUGGCAUAACAACCGAAUGAAGACCAAAAUUAAACAUUCCGAUAACUUAUCCCUAACAGAUCUCAGAAAAUUUGUUUUGUCUAUGCUAAGAACUUUAGGAACCUGAGUAAAGAUUUCAACAGUUUGUGAAUGCUCCAUAAUUUUUCUUCCGGGAUUAAAACGUAGAACAUUAUUUUUGGACCCAAUUUUUUGUUUGGAGUAUUUUGAUUUGUUUUCCUUGCCUGGAGUGCUGUGAGACUUUGCUGACUUAUCAGUAAGCUUUCCCAAGGAGGCAGGAAUAUGUAGGUAUCAUUUCCCCUACUUCCUUAUUCCCUUCUGCGAAUCACUCUCAGAGUAUUUUUGUAUUUCUAUUACUUUUCAGUCUUAUGUAGUAGAUACUGUUACUAAAACAGAGCAGCAGCACUCUUUUCCAGAGGAAAACCACUUCUUAACAGUAACAUCGCUCUUGUUAUGAAAAGCAUUAUAUUUUAGCUUACUCAUUCCCUAAUUCAGAGUAUAGUAUUUGACCUGCUGUGUGUUCUCAUUGGCUUGUAGAAACCACUGCAGCUCUUGUGAUUAGCAGCCAUGGAACAUACUUGAAUCUUUAAGCAAGUUUCCCAUCCAUAUCUUUAUCCAGAUGGGGCAAAUAUUACCAUGGCAAGACUUUACUAUUUUGAAGAAUAUUUCUGAAGCAUGCUCCAGAAGCGUAUGUCCCCUAAUAAAACUGUGGUAAUACUGGAGCAUAACAGAAAUUUUUCAUCCAAAAGCCUGUAAAUACUAGUUCCGUGUAAUACUCUAAAAAUUUGCCACGUUAGCAAACUAUGACUGCUGUUAUAAAUAACAUCUGUGGUCCACCUAUUCUGAUAUUUGUCCUGUAAAAGGACUAUUAGCAGAAGGAGAAAGAAUUCUUGAAUUGCACAAAGAUCAAACAAGUUUCCAAGAAGAAAACAUUUUCACUCACCAAAAAAAAUUGUCUUCUGAUGUGAAACAUAGAUUGUAUGUGUGUAUAUAUAUAAUUUACAUAUCUUUAUAUGUAUAUGUGUAUAUAUUGGACAUCUGUAUGAACUAUGAGAACACCCACAUUUUUAUGUCCAUUAAACAAUUUAAUAAACAUUUGUUUUGAAAUAUAUAUAUACAAACUAAAUAGAAAAUGCAUAUAGAUGAACACUGUGGAUGUUCUCAUCAAUAUAUGUGUAAUCUUUUUUCUGAACUGAAGAAGCUCAUGGUCUCAAUAAUGUCUUGUGGCAAAGAAUUCCACAGGCUAAUUAUGUGCUGUGUACAAACGUAUUUCUUUUUUAUUGGUUUUGAAUGUGAUGCCUUUAAUUUUAUUGAAUGUCCCUUGUUAUGUAGUAUAAGAAAAAGGUAAACGGAAAUUCCCGAUUUGAUUUCCCUUAGAGUAUAUACUUUUUUCUUCAGUUUUCCUAGCUUAGCUAAAUGACGUGAUAUUUUUUAAUUUAUACACCUUGCAGUCUUCGCAGUCACAUCCUUUGCCUGGCUCUGAACUCACGGUGUUACUGAUGUAUUUUGAGCUUCCCUGUUCCCCAUAACACUUAGCAGACCAUCUCAGUUGUUCUCUUUCAGUUGAGUUAAUCCAAAUGAUGGUAGAGAACGUGUGAUAGUGAUUCCUUUCCAUUUCAAUCUGCAAAGAUAUUGAAAUGCCCUAUUAUAAUUUUAAAGCUUUCAUAUCAAUAAUUUGCCCCAGUAACUACUUUUUUAAAAAGAAUUUAGAGAAAACUUGUACAUAUAUCCCUAAAGUACGCAGGGGAGCAAUUUCUUAUAGUUCAAAUCUGAACCCUGAUAAACUGGGCUUUUGCCAAGCUGUUUAUCUAAACUGGUUUCAUAGAUACAUGCAUAGUACAGGUUAGCAGAUAGAGGCUGACUUCUUAAAUGGAAGAAAAAUGUUUAUGCUCAAAGUAACAGACAAGGAUUUAGCAUAUAAAAUUAUCUUCAGAAUUGAUUCACAGUUCAUUCCCUUUCUGUUUCCAAGCUUCAGUACGGAAGAAGAAGGGUAAGGGGAAGCAUUUUGUCUCUUGUUUAACCUGUUUCUCACCUUUCCAUAGUGGAGGAUAAUAACAUAAUGUAAAUGUUGGCAUAUGGUCCAGUUUAUUUUAUGGUGUCAAAUGUACAUUAGUUAUUGUAUAUGUUUUUUAGUUAUUUAGUUAACAAAUUGCAAGCACACUAAGAACUCAAGCAGAAGACUACAUCUGAAAAUAUUCCCCCCAUUUCUUCCUUUUGUCUCCUUUCCUUCAUCUUGCCUUUCUUUCCUUCUUUCUAUCCAACUCUUUUCCAAACCCUUCCAUUUCAUCUCCUCACAGUUACUGUGCUAACUGGCAGCCACUGAGAGUAUAUGGCCAGUAACACAUUCUCAGUGUAGUCCUACGUUAGUGAUUUCACUUGUCUUUUUGACGGCCAAAUGUUACUCACGUAACCACACUGUCUCUAUCUCAGGAAGUAGGGAUCUUGCACACACCACUUGAACUUUUGACCUGGAGAAAUGCUGCUCUGCACAAUUUUAAGUUUUUUAUAUAACAUCUUCCACACUGUCCCGUAUGCAUGGAGUGCCGUCCCUAAACUGAUUCAUAAGACCGCUACCUUCUCCCUGAAAUCUCUCCUUAAGACCCACUUCCCCUGUGAUCCCUAUUAAGCAAUCAUCUCAGUAAUUAUGGCUAGGCAGAGGGACAGGUAGACAUAGUGGUGCUAUUUUAAUAAUUUUUAUAAAUGUAACUGCAUAUAUAUGUAUACAACUUCGUUUGUGUUUAGCUGUAUUUUUCCAUACUCCUGUAUGUCAUUUUUCUUUCUUAGAUUGUAAGCUCCUCUGAGCAGGGACUGUGCCAUUCACACGUUUUCAUGAUGUGUAGCCCAAGGAAGAGCCUUAAACUUCUCUGGGGCCCUAGGUGGUAGCUGGUAAAACAGUCUGUGUGCUGCUCUUUGACAAAGCUCGGUGUCCCUGAAAGGAAGGCUAGGCUGUAGGCAGUGUCUUCUCUCAGCAGUGAAGUUUUUGUUUUUUAAUGUUAUACAAAAUCAAGUUAUUUAUUUUCCUCUCUUUAUUUUCUCUUCCUUCCUGACCUCCUUUCAGGUCACUAACAGAGAUUCAGCUAGUGGUAUUUUCCAUUCUUGAUUCAGAAAAUGUGCCAAAUAAAACCCCAUUGCAACUGGUAUGUUUUGGCAGCAUAUAAAAGUCUUUACAUUGUUAUAGUAGAGUUAUCUGUCAAGCAAAAUACAGUUUUCUGGGUCAUAGGUGAGGGAGACAUUAAGAUGGAACUAGUGGCUUUUGUGGUUCUGUUUGACUGGUUUUUUGGUCCUCUUUGGAUGAGGGUUUUGGUUCAGUGGGAGGCUGGGAGAAGGGAAGAGCAUAGGCAGCAUUUUUGUGUUGAGUAUCGACUAUAUGCCAUUUGUGGCUAAAGAGAUAGGUAAUAAAAUCUUAAGGUCGCAAAAAAUUUAGAGCAGUAUGUCGUGGGCAGUAUUACCAUUUUACUGCAGUUUCAUAGCACAAAUUACUAAAAAGUAAGGAAUGCUCAGGCUGUGCCACUGACUUUAUGCUUACAGCAGCUUCCUAACUCGGAGAAAUAACAUCCAGUUCCGGACUGCGGUUUUGAAGAGGAUGUGUUUUUAGUAGUAAAAUUAGUUUCUGGAUUUUAUGAGAUAUCAGGGAGGGGAAAGAGGCAUUAUUUUUUUUCUUACGUGACUCAUAUGUUUUCAACAACAGACUAACAAUUGUAGCAGCAAGCUUUUUUGAUGCAGUACUUACAGUACAAUUCUAGAUAAUAUGUGGUUAGCCCAUUCAUACUGAAGAAUAUCCAAAAUGUUCAUGCAAAUUAAACUUAAGAUUUGAAAAUACUCUAAAGAUAAAAUACUAAAAGUUUAUUAAACUACUAAUGCAUUUUUUUCAAUCAUAAUUUUUAUCAUCACUGCAAAAAAGAGAUUUCAUUAGAUUUUCGAAAUGAAUAUUUUAAAAUAAUAAAUUUAACUUCAUAAAAAUUUUAUAUGGCUUGUGAAAAGCUUGCUUUUGAAGGAUUCGAUCUUCAGUUUUUAUUUUGAUGUACUUGCUAAUAACUUCUUGUGGAUAGAGAGUUUUAAAAUGAUGUGAUUCUUAACAAGUACGUACUGUAAACAUCUGGAUGUAUGAUUCAAAAGCUUCAUACUCCUAAGCUUUUUACUGCCAAGAAGUGGGUUUGAUUUAGUGAGUAACUUGGGAUUUUCAGUGAAAGCUUAAGUAGACAGUUUUUAAAUUAAAAGCUAAUACAAAAAUCCUUGGGAGACAGUUCAAGAAUUAAAGAGAAAGUAGAAAAUUAAGAUACUGCAGGCUGCAUUUUCAUAGUGAAAUACGACAAGAUAAAAAAAAUCAUCUGUAUCAAAAAAACCCUACUUUGACGGUGUCAUAACAGUGUCAGUUGUGAGCAGUGGGGAUGUGUUAUUUAUUUUUUAAUAUAUUUGAUACAUAAUCAAAGUAAAAUAAUUCCUCUGUGUGCUGAUAAUGCUGAUCUUUGGGUUUUGGUGUGGGCUAAAGGACCAAAUAGUAGGAUUUCCCUCCCUUCAGCAGUUUAGAUGCUAGAGCUGCCUCUCAGAUAAAAAAUAACUGUGAUAUCAUCAACAUAGAAUAUUGUUACCUGGCAUCAAGUCUUAGCUGCAUUUGAAUGGAAAAAUAUCAGUUGAUGGCAUUCAAAAGAAAUAUUAUUAGCUCUGUCUGCAAUAAGCAUUCGCACUUCAUCUCAUUCUUGUUGUCCAUUGUUUCAAAGGUGGCACAUUCUAAUGGCAUCUGAAACAAUGAAAUUGCAGAGCAAAUAUAUAUAAAUGAAUGCCAAACAGUGGAUUAUCUUAAAGUGUUAUGUUAUGUUUGAAGAAACCCCUCACAAAAGACGUCUGAGUUCAAAAAGUCAUUUUUAAUUUCAAUAUGAUGGAGUUGAUGAUGGAGAUUUGUCUGCAGGAAACAAUGGAAAAAUCAUCAAAACAACUCUUACAGCCCUCACAGAGUCAACUUUGAUAGUUUCCGGUAUCUGCAGCGCUUCUAUGUAGGAAGAAGGUUUUCUGAUCUUCACCAGACACUGUAUUUUAGAAGAUGAGAUCAAAAGGCAUCAGACUUGAUGAAGAAUUCUUGAACAGUAUCUUUGUAAGUAAUUGAUUUGCAUUACCUAUUUGAAAUUCUAAUGAGCUAGCAAUAGCAAGAUAAAGGUUGUCAUAUGGUUAUUAUUUUCACAAGCAUGAAGCAGUGGUGCUGGGAGGAAUUUGUGGUGUACGUAUGUGACAUAAUAUGGACUCCAUCUUUGUGUUGAUGAAGGAAGGCUACAGGUUUUGUGACUCGUAGUCUGUCUCAUGUGGAGUCCACGGAAGUAUAAGAGGAUACAGGAUUUGGAUCACACCUACAAUACACCUGCUUUUAAAACAUUUUGUAAGAGAAAAGUAUUGAAAGUUAGCACAUUUCAAGGAGAAAAAUGCAAUGGUUUCCUCUGGGGAAAAGAGUAAUCGAAACCUAGCAGGUGUGCUGGUUUUUUUUUGUUUUGUUUUGUUUUUUUAGCAACAUUUGACAUAGAAUCUUAGAUUAACAAGUAACUAUCAGUCCUGAACAUUUCUUCAAGUGAGGGUUCAUAUUGCUCAAAGUGGGAAGCUAUAAAUGAUGUUUUGAAAACACUGGGAAUCACUGAACAGGGAGGUCAGAUGAGUCACUGUGCGGGUGUUCUCCUCAUUUACACUAGUAUUAUUUUGAAUUUAUCAGAUUUUUCUCUAGUCUGUGUAGUGCCCUUUCCUAAUACUCAUUUUUCUUUGCUGCAGGACAGUAAUUGGAAAAGGUUUUCAAAACCUUUCUGCAUCAACCAACAAGACAAUGGUAUAAAUGAAGUUGGAAAAAGAAUUGUAAGUGUUAAAGAAAAUAUGGGUUUUGUAGCAUUUGGAGCCAGGUGAAUGAAAUACGUUGGCAUAUGUGAGUGUCACUUGUUAUACUCAGAUAUUAUCAAAUGAAUAUUUAACAACAUACUCAAAAUCAUGAGUGUUUGAGGAGCAGUAAGAAUUGCAUAUAUUUCCCAACAUGGUACAGUUAGGACAAUGGAAAACUUUUCAGCACUUUUAAUGUGUUCUCUCUCUUUUUCAGGAGCCAGGGAGAUGAAGGACUUAUCUCCCUCAUCUCAAAACUCCUUUUGCUGCAAUUUUUCUUCAAAUGUUCAUAUAUCCAUGUUAACUAAUUCCUAAUAUAAUCAAAAAUAAAUUUUUUUAGAUAAUUGGUCAUAGUUUGCUUGUUUUUUCCCUUCGGUGUGGAGGUGUGAGAGUAAGUGUAAGAAUGGAGAAGGCUGCAAGUGUCUUGGGUCCUCCAUCUUUCUUUUUCGUAUCUUUUGGUUGAUUGUGUUUCUUUUCCGACUAGGCCAAAUUUUCAAAUGCUGUCUCUUAAACAGAAUAUCAAAUUGCCAAUUAAAUUCCACCUGGCUUGCAGGGUAGGAGUGGGUAUUGACUAUAUUCUCUGCUUUGUUUUUGUUCUUAAACAGAAACCAGUGUUAGACAAUGACCAUUCCUCUUUCAAGGUAGGCUGAAUUGUAAGGCUGCAGGAUUGCAGGUGCAUUUUAAAUGCCUGUAAAAUAAUUUUAUUAAUUGAACAUACUGUUGAAGAGCUGGUACUUGAAAAUUGUAUCUAGAAAGAAUUUGAACAAAUAUCGGUUAUCUGCCUUCCUAAAAUUACUUUUGAUUGUGUGACUAUGGCAUGUAAAUAUGACUUAUAUGUAGUAAUGUGAAGUUAUUUUCAGGCCUAGAAACACAAAUAAGACUUUCUUUCAAGAAAGUUUUGGUAGUUCCUUAAUGUGAAUACAUACAAAUAAUUUUUCUAAGUCAUGUAAUUAUGUUUGUAGAUAUUCAAUGUUAAAUGAUUAAUUUUACUCACAGUUUUUAUGUUUUACUGAUUUAUUUUUCAUUAUUUUCCCAUUUUUGAAUUUUUUGUACAUAGAAGAGUUUACAGUACCUCAGACAACAUACAUGUGUUUUUACUCAGUUUUACUAGAAAGGAGAUGUUUCAAAUGGCUUGUGUUUUUGACUGCGUUGCAAAGCACUUCUGUUAUUUCCUCAUGCUAACUUCUAAAGUAAUAUUCUCUGCCUGUUGUUCGCAAUAUGAAAACCAUGUGAUUUUGGUACUGUGACUUAAGCACAGUCCUGCAAAUUGUUUAUUUUGAUCAGGGCUGGAACAACUUAAUUCCAGAUUGAAAUGUGCUCAUGGUGGCAGGUUUAUGAGUAUUAGUCUGAUGUUCUAACUGAAAACUCAAAUCAUUCGAUUUCUAUGUGGUUUUUUUUAUAACUAUGAUAUUUAGAUGGCAUAGGCUCAACUUGUUUCUUUCCUCUAAUAAUGAUCAUAAACACGUUUGGGUUUAAAUCUUGACCUUUAAUACUCUUCCACUGACACAGUUAUUUAGCUUUGUCCGGCCUUUUAAUUCUUAGUGAUAUGCUGAAGACCUUGUUAUACCUUAUCUACUUUUAGUGUUUGAUUUUUUUUCUAUUCACAUUUGAAUAGCUAAAAAAAAAAAAACAUUAGUUUUCUGUGGGCAUAGCUAAUGCAACAGAUUCCUUUUUAACCAUUUCCAAAUACAUGUCAUCUGUUUUUCUGCAGAGACACUACAGAUUUAUUCUUCAAAUACAGUUGCUUCUAUGACAAGCAACGUUAUCAUAUGAGCGUCUGUAGUCUAAUCAAGCUUGCUUUUGAAAUUAGUAGAUUCUUACCUUGGUGCUACACCCCCACUGGUACUGGAAAGCUGUUACAGAAUUUUGUUCAUCUGCUUCUUUGAAAGCAUUAUCUAGAUUCCCAUAUGUACUGUAUGCCCAAAUUGUCCUUUACACAGUUCCUCCCAGUGCAGAGAUGUUCAUCCUGAAGUAUUUAUCAAGUAUUUGUCAUUCUUUAACAAAUUAAGAAGGGCAAAGUCAUUUGCCUUUGUAUGGGAAGCAACAAAAAUCUAAAAGGAAUGCGAUGGUUAUGAGAGCGCCUACUUGUUUUAGACAUUCUUUCUGUACAUGCAGAUUUAUCAUUUAACACAUAUUAGCUUCUGGUCCUUAUGCUAAAAACAAACUACCUGUAGUUAAACAUACAAGGAAGAAAUAAUUAAAAAAAAUGACAAAAACAACACCACGAGGUCAUAUCAUUACAUAGUUUAAAUGCUUCUCUAUGCAUUUUUAAUAUUCACACGUAAGACUACUCCUUUAGUUUUAGUAUUGCUUAUGUAACUGAUUUUCACAGAUUAUUGACAAAGAAACACAAAUUGUAUUGGUUAAUGAAAGAAAUUAAACUAAACUUGCACACUCACGCUUAGGGGAGGUGGUGGAGCAAAAUAUGUGCAUAUGCAGUACCUGACAUUAAGUCCUAAGUUUCUAGACCGGUUGACACCAAGGAAGAAUGAAUGUCCUCUGUUUCCGUCACUUUUCAAAAGGAAAAAUUCAUGUGCCAAAUAUUUGACUGUGGUUGUCUGCAGAUGCUAGAAAAGGUGGGUGAUACUACAGCAUAUAGGUGCAAUUGGCAUUGUAUUAAGUUUUGCAUAACAGAUUGUGCCUGGUACAGUUUCUGUCUGUAUCUAUCUUAGGUAUAUACAAGGCAUCUAUCACCUUGGUACCUAAGCAGUUUGAAAAAUGCACCCACCCCAGGAGGCAUGAUGCAGAUACAGGCAGAGGCCCAGGUCCAGAGCAGCAGAGGCAGGUCCCAGGAAGCUCCCCAACUGUGGUACCGCUGUUGUUGAGCUCCUGGCCCACUUGUGGCCAAGGAACAUCUCCACCUACCUGUCAGCAGGAAGACGGUACCCCACCCCUCACGUCCAGCUCUACUGGCGGGGAAUCUGAAAAGGAAAUGUAAAUGGAAAAGGCAACGGUCCAGUAGCAGAGGUGAAACAGAAAUGGUGGGAUUUCAAAAGGAGGGAUUCUUAAAGAACAGCACAUCUCAGGGGAGGGAUCAACUGCCAGUCGAAGUGACAGAUGUCACUGGGGAACAAGAUGGGGAGGUUCCUGGAUCCUCGGGGCAAGCUGGCCGUCUCCGAGGGAGCUCACCGUCCACACCGGCUGAAGAACAGGAAUCCUCGGUGCCUGCCUCUGAUGAAGACUCACCGGCCAGGACCACAGAGAGCUGGCAGUGGCCGUUGUCCUCGUCUGAAACGCACAGCAACGUUGGGGAGGAUUUUGAGGGAUUUCAAACGCCAGCGCGGACUCCGGAGUGUACCAUGGACAUACAAUCUCCCGGGGAUCAGUCACUCAGUAGGACUCCUCAGUUUGAAAGUGACUCUCCUGAGGAGGAGGGCAAUGAUGAGAUGAAUGAAGAGCACCGCGGUGUUGAGCCUGUCCCUAGGGAUCGGGGUUGGAGAGGGCAGCCCCAGCUAACAGAGGGAGAGAAGCUGUUGAUGGAAACCAACAGUAGGAUUGUGCAGCUGCUGGAAAAUAUCAAGAGGGAGCAUGCACAGUCCAUGGGUCUCAUGUCACAGUCCAUGGGCCGCAUGGAGCUGCAGCUGGGCAUUGUGGCUACCUCCACAAGAGCCAUCCAUAACUACCUGUCAGAGAUUUUAGCUUUUCUCAAGCAGCCACGGACACAGGUCCUUGAAACACGCAUCUCCCAAAGAGCCACCCCCCAUGUCGAGUUAACCUGUGCCUCGACAUGGACUGGUGAGGAUGCAGUGGCAACCUCCACUGUGUGCUUACCAGGGGCUGAAGGGACGAGCGACUCUCGAGAACCGCCGCAGGCCACGCUGCCUUGUCGCAGUGGCCGGCUGCAGAGAGCCAUAACCGAGAGGGCCUCGUUGCCCAUGCCUACACGCCAGGCAAAAGGGGGAGGGAAGAAAAAAUAACCACACCGUAGGAUUUUUAGGGUUUUUUUUAAUGUGCCUGUCCUUUUAAUUCUUAGCCAUAAGGCCAUCAGUGGCAGAACUCAACCAUUUCCUACAUUGGCUAACAUUGUAUUCUGGCUAACUAGAUUAGUCUAACAUUUUGUAGUUUAUAUUUGCACUGUUAACAAUGUGUGCUGCUGGUAUUUGAAGAACAUUUGCCUCUGUUCUUUCACUUUAACUUCAUACAAGCAUUUUUUUACUCUGUGCCAGGCAUUCAUUGCUUUUCUUACAAAUACAAGUCAUUUCUUGA